AAAGUAAUUUUGGAAAAUAUCACAAAAGAAAUAAAGCAAAUUUUUAAUCUGCAGUCUAGUGAAAAUAUAAAAAUCAUAUUGAAAAAGUUAUAUUCCGUUUAGAAAUGUGUUGAAAACAAAGAAUACAACCACAAGUGAACCCUUUAUUAUUAGCAAAUAAGGGAAUAAUACAUGAAAUUCGGUUAAUACAAAUGGAAAUGAAUCGUUGAUGAUGACACUACAUGAAUAAAGUAAUAAAAUCAACCAACGUUGUGAACUUCUAUCAUUACUUAUCUCAAGCAAAACAGUGGAAAAAAGACAAAAACACAGAACAAUUUAGAUUUAAUCUAAAGUACAGUUGCUGACGCAGAGGGCGGACGCAUUGCUUGUGCUGGCGUUUGCAACACGCCCGCCCACAAAGCACCUAGCCGCUGAGGUUAUAGAACGGAAACCACCAACACAACAUUGCAACCACAAACACUUUAGUAUAGCAGCAGCUAAUAUACUCAACAUUAAAAUUCCAACAGCGCACAGCAUUGUACAUAGUCUGUUUACGGCAACGUUGACAAUAUCGCCCCAAUCAUCGUUGAUUUUGAACAACGAAAGAAGAUUGUAGCAGUAAGUGGACGAUAGGCAAUUAACAUCAAAUAUGGCCAGCUUAUCGGACCGGAAGCGAAAUACGUUUUUAAGUUACGUUGCACCCUCGCCUGGAGAUAUACCCCGACAGGAAGGCAGUGAUGACUGGCUGCCAACAGAGUUGCGCGACCUUCAUUUGGCUAAACCGCGUCUAUUACCAAGUGAAUUAGUGGUGGCGUCGGCACCAGCAUAUCUGAUCUCUGCCAUAAUGCCUGCACCCACUGAAGGCAGUGAACUAGAUAUGUCACGCCAGGCAGUAUUUGGUUUGUUGAGUGUGACCAAUUUUAAAAUGGCUUUUGUACCGCUACAACGCCAGCAACAAGAAUCGCCACCCCAAGAGUCGUAUCAGGAGCAUCUCUACUUGCAACGUAAUGACGUUACACUCAAUAAUAUCGAUUAUGUUUAUCAACUUGCAGAAGGUAGCCGAGUAAGCGUAAGCGCUCUCAGCGGUGGAAAUAAACGCAAAAAACUCGACGCACAACAAAAAGUCAUGAGCGGGCGUAUUACAGCGCUACAUAUUAUAUGCAAAAACUUCCGAUUACUUAAGUUCGCCUUUCAAAAUUCGAGAUCUGGUCCCGAUUAUGGAAAACUAAUUGCUUCUGCUUUGGCACGUUUCGCUUAUCCAUCACGUCAUGAUCUCAGUUUUGCCUACUGCUAUCGCGAGCCAUAUUAUUCCAUGUUGGGAAAGUCCAGCGUUACUAUGUAUAACUCAAAAAACGACUGGGCACGUGAGCUAAUACGGUGUGGCGCAACCGAAUGGCAAGUUGUGAGCGCUGAAAACGUGCCACAAUUACAAAAUGUAUUACAGGCACCCAAGUACACUCUGCCACCUCAUUUUGUUAUACCCAAAUGCUGCACUGUUGAUCGUUUCCUAGACCUUUCACGUGCAUUUUAUGAUUCACGUGCGGCUUUUUGGGUCUUUGGCUAUGGUAGCGCGUCACUAGUCCGUUUGGCUGAAUUGAAACCUGCAAUGCAGCAAGACACGAAAGUGGAGAACGUAACGCUGGAGCUGGUGAGAAAAUGUGAUGAAAAGCGUACGUUAAAGCUUUUACAACUGACAGAUCGUCUGCCUAGUAUACAAGAUGUACAACGCGCAUAUCUAAAGUUUCGACGUCUAUGCACACCCGAGAGUCCACAAGAAUUUCUCGUUCAGGACUCUAAAUUUCUAACAAAUGUAGAGAAAUCAAAUUGGCUCUUCUAUGUAUCGCUGUGCUUGCGUUAUUCGUGUGAAGCGGCAGAAUCAUUGCGUGCUGGUACGACAUGCGUUUUGCAAGAGACUAAUGGUCGAGAUUUGUGUUGUAUAGUCUCAAGCUUAACGCAAAUAAUACUAGAUCCUCUCUAUCGAACAAUUGACGGCUUCCAGUCGUUAGUGCAAAAGGAAUGGGUGGCUUUGGAGCAUCCGUUUCAAACACGUUUGGGUCAUGUGCGCGGUGAAGCAGCCGAAGAAGAUGAGAGUCCUGUAUUUCUACUCUUCCUCGACUGUGUAUGGCAAUUGCUGCAGCAAUAUCCGGAUGAAUUUGAAUACAGCCAGACCUAUCUGACGACUUUGUGGGAUGCCUGUUUUCUGCCCAUCUUCGACACAUUUCAGUUCGACACUGAGGCCGAACGUGCACGGGCAGUCAAUUUUGGCAAUCUGGUAUUGCGACCUGUAUGGGAUUGGGGUGAACAGUUUGCCGAAAAGGACAAGGUCUUCUUUACGAAUCCCUUCUAUCAACGACAACGUCAAGAGCAACCGAAUCGACGUUCCAUAGCGAUACCUGCAGGUGCUAUAAUGCUGCCAGGACUCGCACAAAUGCCGUCAAUGAAACAUGGACAACAACAACGCUUUACCACAAUCAAUCCACAAACGUUUGUGACCGCAUCAACCAUACCAAAGGAUCGUUACUUGGAGCCACACCAUGGUAUGGCAACAUUAGCCAUAUGGGAGCAAUGUUAUUAUCGUUGGAUGCCGAUAUUAGAAAUCAAACAUGGUGGUUUUCCACAAAUCGAUCUAAAUCAUCGUUUACUGCUAAGCAACAUUGCUAAAUUACAACGUUGCAUAGAGUUGCAGGACUUCGAUGAUCUACCAGACAUUUAUUACGACAAAACCGGUGAGCAACGACCGGUUGUCGAUAGCACCACAACCAGGCGACGCAAUAGCAUUGAAAUGAUCGAUGGUGUCGAACGUCGGCGAAAGUCUUCUUUACCAGCCACACUAAAUGGCCUGAGUAGCAGUGGUUUGUUGCCAGAGAUAUCAUCAUUUUUCCCCUUUAGCAUAAACACUGGCGAAUCAGAGCAGCUUAUUGACAUACUAACAAACAGUAAUGAAUUCUUAUUAGAAGGUUCAUUUAUGGAACGUCUAUCCAUCGCAUAGCAUACAGAGUUCAAAGACACGGUUAUGUUUCAGCAGCUAAAUUGAAUUAAGUUGAAAAGCUAAAAUCGAAUUUCGUGAUGAAAGUGAUUGCUUAACCAGUUUCUUGUUAUUUAUAUACCAAUGAAAAUCGAAAAUCGAACAGUUUGAAAUUUACUCAAAUCAUACACUACCAAACCACUCCAAUCCGUGGAAAAAUGAUUAUCAACAAAAAGAAAAAAUAAAAAAUCUAAAUUCUUUAUACAUACCUUAUAUGAGAACGUUAUAGUAUUAUUAAACAUUUUUUCGCUACUUUCUUUUUCUCUUGAGAACACUGAGCUUUUGUUUAUACAAAUUUUAUACAAAUCAAUAUUGACUUUAAAUAUUUAAUAUUAUUUUACUAAAAAAAAGAAAAUUCAAUGACGGCAGUUUUUUCUAUCAUAACCAUUCUUACUCGGUAUUUAUGUAUGAACUAUUUGUAUUAUAUACGCGUGUUUAAAUAUUUAUUAAGUGCAAUUAGUAUUUGCUCCGAUAAUCUACACUUAAUGAAGUGGUGUAUAUUGUAUGCUAACAGGCUAAAAGUUGCGAUCAAUAAGAAUACAACGAUUUUAUCCAAACCACAGGAUAAGAAUAAAAAUCCAAAUAUCACCACACUAUUGUCGUUGCAUUAUGAUAGUGAUAAAAAA